AUGGCGUGGGUUCCUAAAGGCAAUCCCUACACCAUAUUCGAUGGCAUUCCAGCAGCGAGCUGGCACAACGUAAACCAUGGGGGUUCAUUGGACAUCAAUGUUGCUCCGCAUCGCCAACAGCAACCCACGCACGGAUUUCGAGUCAUCAAAAACUUCGAGGAUAAGAGAAGCGGGAUCAAGUACAAGGCAGGAAUGCAAGGUCAGCUGAAGGAAGUCGAUGAGAAGAGACAACUGGGCUGCGUCUAUAUCGCAGGUGUUACCGAACAAGGCAGCAAUACUCAUCGUUGGGUGCCACUCUCUUGCAUUGAGAAGGGCAAGCAGUGGGAGACCGACAUGAACAAUUGGCGCAUAGAGGUUCAAUUACCAGGUCACCACAACUUCGACAAGCGAAGUUGGGUAAAUGGGUCUCUUCCUGAUACAACCGUUCUUGGGAAGACUAUCACCCGUUUCCUAACAGCGAUUCGCGAAUCACCUCCAGCUACCGUACCACUGAAGUUCGUAGAAUUUAUGGAAAAGCUGCAUAUUGCUGUUGCUACCAAUAGAAUUGUCGCUGGCAUCAAGACAGCCGGCCUUUAUGAGAUCCUUUCUUCUGGUCGCCCAUUUUCGGUUCGGGAUCUAGUCUCCGCAAGCCGAUACCAUAUCAAGGACACGCAAUCAUCUCGGGAUGGUGGGGUUUAUCUUAGGUAUCAUAAGACUGGGAGUCAAGUAGGAUAUCAUUGGAAAUCUCGAUCGUCUUACGGAUACGUUGGUCAUUCAAGGGAUUUUGCUAAACGAAACGCCGCCCAUAAGAGCAACUACAUAAGCAUUUAUGGCGAUCUUACGAGAAACUCCGAGGUCCUUCAUAUGAUAGCCUUGUGCGUCCUCCCAGAUACCAUUGAUUCGGGGUUGUACUAUCUUGUCGAGCAAAUGUUCAUUUGUAUGUUGGGAACAUAUCGACCAGAGUUACUUGAUCGACAGAGCCAGCACCCGUCUAUGGUAGCCUUCAUGGAACCUGCCAGGUUUUUGUACGACCUGUCAAAAGAAGUUUUUCGCAUUACUGGAUGGCAGGGUAUGCUUCAACGAGGGGCUGAUUCGUGCGGCAUCCAAUUCGGGGCAAACUGCAGAUCUCCUAUAUUCGAGUACGCAUCCAAGUCUGAGAAGUUCCUGUUCAUUCGUGAAGACAUGGAUAUCAAGGAAGGAAAUUCCACUGUGCCCAUGGCUUAUUAUCGCCGUUCCAAUGAAGACGUGAUCACAGGUCCGAGGGAAAAGACACCAGUGGUUGUAACAAAAAUAGUCGAGAAUCGCAAAUGGAAGACAUUCAUGAUUAUUUGGGCUCGCAUAACAAGGAAUAAGACGAUUGGUUUGGACGCUCCCCCUCCAAAGUCGCCUUAUCAACUCGUAUUCGAGGUCAGGAAAGAUGGCUCUGCCCACCCUCAUGCAUGGGCACGACUCCCAAAGAUUGGCCCUUUUACAAACUGGAAUCAAGCAAACUCCUGGGCCGUUCGUGUUGAGUGGGAGCAUCCCCUCGGUUCAGGAAAAUGGCGAGGUAUGUAUAUUCAGUCAGGGCAUGCUUUUGAGCUGGCAGACCCUCAUGUACCGGGAUCCCUAAAAAGCUAUGUAAAAGGAAUCGCCUUUCUUCAGUGGCUUACUGGUUCCGAGCCGAACCAUCGCCACGCCUGGAUACCUAGGAUCUGUGGAGAAGCACAUGUUCUGCAAUGCAAGAAAGACAUGGUGAACCAGAUCUUUACCUUUCAGAAUCAGGACCCAAUUAUAAUGUUGCCUGGGGAUGUUCGCACUAAUGACGCAAUGAAGGCUUUAAUGAUGAAGUCUGAAUACGGUCUGAGAGUCGACGUGCCCUACGGCGAUUUCGGCGGCGCUGUAGUUGGACAACGCAAGUACUGUGAUACCUGCUGCCUUAUCCAAGGCUACUUUCACGGUGGCGAUUUCCCUGAUAGGUCAUGCGUACAAGUCAAAGGUAACGACAGGCUUUGCACAACAUGCGCAUAUCUCGGUCGUCCCUGUUGUUCAUGGACUCCUGGUCUUCCUAGUCUGCGCACGGCGGCGUGGUCCCGACUAUCCCCUGACCAGAAUCAGCUUGUCCAAAAGACCCUAUCUAUACUAGUCCGACUGCCGCUAGCCAGAAUCCCACCUGAACUGCAGUCGUUUACUCAGCAAUUCCGCAGUAUCGACGAUGUCAACGAGGAAGACGAUGGUAGCGACCACCAAGACAGCGAAGAUGAGGGCGAGGAGGAUGUUGACGAGGAAGAGGAAGAGGUCGAAGAUGAUUACGAGUUUGAGCAUGAGUAG